AUGACGACCCACUUCAAAGCCCUCGAAGGCCUGUCCGACGUCUCCGACAAGAACUCCUCGCCGGUCGAGGCCCACCUAUCUACUCUACCCGCUCUCACUCUUACAGGCGCGCUCGCCUCCCCCGCCCAGAACGUCGACCAUGAUACCAAGGCGGAACAUGACGACGACACGUCUUCCGAAACUUCGGCAUACAUCCCGCAAAAAUACCGCUGGAUAGCAUUCAGCAUGAUCAUCUUCUUUGCGACUGGAAGCGGAUUCGCCGAGGGUACCCUGGGGCCGCUCAAGAGCACGCUAGUCAAGCAGCUCAAGAUCAACAAUGCGCAGUAUGGCGCUAUAGCGUCUGCGGAUAACCUCAUCAAUACGAUCCUACCCAUCAUCGGCGGGAUUGGUAUCGAUUAUUGGGGUGCUACUUAUGCUGCCAUGCUUUCGAGCGUGUUCAUCCUGAUCGGCAACGUCAUUGCAUCCUCGUCCGCGCAUACCGGGCACUAUCAGCUACUCAUCGCUGGACGCGUUAUCGCCGGACUCGGAUCUACCGUCAUCGAAGGAACCCAGAACAAGCUCUUUGCGCAUUGGUUCUCCGGCUCCUACAUCGCCUUUAUUUUCGCUCUCGAUAUCGCCUGGAACCGAGUCACCACUAUCUUCUCCCGCGCCGCCGCGGUGCCCAUGUCCCAGAUCAACGGAUUCUGGGGUUGGGCACUCUGGAUCCCGACCAUGGCAUGCGCAGCCAAUCUGGCGCUGUGCAUCGCGUACUGGGCGUUCGAGCGGAGGGUACCGGCCGAGUACCGACCGAGGCUGGGGCGGGAGGCCCGCAAGAAGGAAGGUUGGGACAGGAGGCGGUUCGUCGCGGGAUACUUGACCAAGUUGCCCAAAUUCUUCUGGAUCUUGUGCGGUACACAGCUCUUUCAGAACGCCGCUGUCUCGGUCUACUCCUCCAACCUUGCCGACGUCCAGACCGUCACCCGCGGCACCUCCACCCUCGCUGCAGGCUACAACUCGUCCAUCCAGGGCGUCAUCCCCAUCCUGCUCACACCGCUCGUCGGCGCCUUCUUCGACAGGUACGGCUGGCGAAUGGCUUUUGUGUCGGGCACCGCUGCGCUGUAUAUCGUCGUCUUCGUCCUCAUUGCUUUCACCAAGGUCCACCCUCUCGCGCCGAUCAUGGUCAGCUCGUUUGCCCUCACGAGUAAUGCUUUGACGUUCAUCGCGGCUAUACCGGUGCUGGUGGGGGAUGACCGAUAUCUUGGGACGGCGUUCGGGAUCUGGAAGGCUUUCCAAAACUGCAAUACUACUAUUCUCGAAGUUGCCGCUGGAGCUAUCCAAGACCGCACCCCUGGCCAGACAUACGACCGCGUCUUCUACCUCCUCAUUGCCAUCAAAUCUGUCGAAGUCCUUUGGGGACCCGUAUAUGACAUCCUCGACGGUCGAUGGCUCAACCACUCUCUACGCAAGCCCGAGCAGGUCAGGCUGCGGAUGAGGCGAGAGACGCCGGAGCUGGAGGGGUGGAAGGUGUCCAAGAGGGUUUUGGGGAUUGUGGGCGUGCAGCUGGGUUGUAUGAUUGUGGUGGCUUGGGUGUUGUAUAUCGUAUACUCGCUCGGGACAUAA